AAUAGCAGGCUACCCAUGACCUCUAGUUUAGCCAGCUAACGUUAACUUUGUAGCCAUUGAUGUUAUUUUUUGUGACCGUAGAGAUUUUGGCAACUGAGCUAAUGACAUAAAGUAAAAGCGUUACCUUUGCUCAAAUACUACGUCUGUGGUUUAUGGGUUGUUGCAGUAGGAGACCACUGUAUUGCAUCACGUUCUUCUAGUGGCUGUAAGAGAAUGUAUGCUAACUAUUAAUAGCAUCAACUUUAGCCCGGGCGUUUUGUUUUAUUUUCUGAUGUAAGAUGUUUACGUUUGCAUCUGGAAGACUCGCAGCGUCUGGGAUUUCAGUAUUGAGAUGUCUCAAGCAGCUAACCAGGACGCCAAACUACACAAGACAGGCACAGCUGCUGUUUAACUCACAAGCUUGCUCAGCGUUAACACCUUCCAGGCCAUCAUACACCCACAGGUUGUUGAGCAUCAGGACUGUGGGUUGGCCUGCCUCACGUCUCUGCCACGGGGAUUCACAAGGCUCUUCAGAAAGAGCAAACACCAAGGAAGACUUCAGUUUAAAGGCCAUCAGCCAGGCUCCCAAAGCAGCGCUGUAUCUUGGUUUCGGUGGACUAAUUCCGUUCUUGUCCGCCCCGGUCCUGAUGGCUGCCACACAGUCUUUCUACCCUGAAGUGGCAUAUGCCCAAGUGGUUUAUGGAGCUGCUAUAGUGUCCUUCCUUGGAGGUGCACGCUGGGGCUUUACCAUCCCAGCUGGCAGCCCUGCUCAGCCAGACUGGAUGAACUUGGCCAACAGUGUGGUGCCAUCACUUUUGGCCUGGUUUGCGCUUCUCUGCAGGGACAGUAUUUCGGAGGGAGCACUAGUAGUCAUCAUAGGAUUAGGUCUGUCCCUGCACUAUGACCUGAACCUGCUGCCUGGUUAUCCUGCCUGGUUCAAAUCCAUGCGAACUGUCCUCACCCUAGUUGCCACCUUUUCACUGGUGGCUACGUUAGUAAUUAAGAAAUUCUGUACUGAGAAGAGGAUCAGAGAGAUUCAAAGCUGAUUCAAUGUGGAAUUUUCUUUUGCCUUGUCACUGUGUUGUCAUUUAUUUACACAUGCAGUGUGUUGCCUAGAUCUUGUGAUACCUGUAAAUCAUUAGCAAAAUUAAAAUUUCCAUGUUGCUGAACAUCAACACCUGUUGUUUGAGGAACCUGAAUAAAAUAUAAGACACUUAAUAAAAA